AUAUAAGCACAAAGUACAGGAAUUCCUCGCAAUGCUUUACAAAUCUCUGCUCUUUUGCUUGGCGGUGGUUUUGAUCAUUCCGGCGCAUUCCGAUGCCAAGGAAUAUCAGUUCAUCCCCGCCCGAUGCGAGGAGCAGCCUGGAGUAGGUCAGCAGAUUGGCGGUCCCUUAAGCAUAUGCAGCUUUCCACCAGACUAUGCGAAACCGGAUUCAGAGGACAUUCAGGCCGUGAUUAAACACAUUAAGAGCUUGCAAUUGAAUUGAGUCACACAAAAAUUCGACUUAUUGAAACGUUUAGAGAACUAUACGCUUUAUAGGCAUCAAGUCGCGCUCGGGUUAAUGAAAUCAAUAAAAUUAGCUAUAACUUUGUAUCUUAA